AUGUCCAAACUGAAAAAAGGAUUAAGCAAGGAUCUUGAAAAGGAACAGGAAGAUCAAGCGAUAGCAAAAGAAGAAUUGUUUUAACCUGUUGUCUAAAUUUAUCAAGAUUACCAAUAUUUAUCUGAAGAGUAAAUUGAUGUUAUUGCCAAAAUACUUCAGGUUAUUGAUUUUUUCAAAGAAAAUUGUCCUGACACACAAACAUUAAUGGAAUUUACAAAAUUAUGUUGCCAAAAUCUAAUCUAUGAAUUCAUACCCAAAGAUUCUCCUGUUUUUCAUAUUGAUGAUGCUGGCGAUAAAUUUUAUAUUGUUCUAAGUGGGAGGGCAGGAAUCUAUAUCAGAAGACAACAAGCAUCUAUAGAAGCUGACGAAGCAGCUGCUCAACCAAGAAUAUUAAAAAUGCUUGAAAAAUUGCAUUUGGAAUCUGUUUCUCAAUUAUAAGGGGAGGAAUUGAUGAAAUUUUAUAGUUAAGUUAUUAAAAAGUAGGCUAAACCAUAAAAAGUGAUUGAUUCUGAAUUAAUAUUAUUUCGAUCAGGAAAUUUCGAAAAAUAUUUCACAAAUUAAGGAAUUUGUAAGUUUAUGUUAGUAGCUUAAAAAUAUUCUGGUUCCAUAUUUGGUGAAAUGGCAUUAACCAAUGAUAAACCUAGAACUGCUAGUAUUUUCGGUUUAACUGAUUUGAAAUUGGUAUCCUUAUCAAAAGCUAACUUUAAGCAAGUAGGAGAAAAAGGAAUGAAAGCAUUAUAAUAAAAGAUAGACUAUUUUUUUAAAAUGUUUCCACAUAUGACUAAGCACAAAAUGUCUAAACUUAUUUUGUAUUUUACAUCUGCCAAGUUUCCAGCUAACUUUUUCAUUUGGAAAUAAGGAGAUGAAACCGAUGGAUUCCUCCUAUUAAAAGACGGAGAAAUGUAAUUGUUAUAAAAUGUUGAAUUUCCAAAACCCCCUAGUUAAAAUAAUGUAGAUUUUACAUUAGUUUCUUUAUUCUAAAAUUCUAAAUAGGAAGUCAAAGACAUUAAAGAGACAAUAGUUCUAGCCAAUCUAACAGGAGGGUGUUUCGUUGGAGAAACAGAAGUUGUCUAAAAGAAAGAAAAAAGAGACUACUCUGUAAAAACAUUAACUAUUUGUAAUUGCUAUUGUCUUUCCUUAGAAAAUUAUCAUAUUGUGAGGAAAACAUUUCCUGAAUUUUUUUAAGCUUUAAAUUCUCUUCAACAACGAAAUAGUUAUCUUUUUAGGAAGAGGAUUGAGGAUAUUGUGAAAACAAAGAGGUGUAACUUUUAUCUUACUAAAAAGGAAGAAGCAUUAGCAGUCGAAAGAAGAUAUGCAAAUGAGUUUGGUAAGGAUGAAGCUAAACCACUUUUGUCUUCUCCUAUCCUUCGUUCUACUUUUUAAUCAAAACUCUCUAAGUAAUAGAUGGUUGAAUAAAAUAAAUCUAUUAUUGAUCAACAUACUAAACUAGAUGAAUAAUAUGGUGAAAAGUAAGAAGAAUUUAAUAUGCUAAAAUUGGCAGGAGAAAAUUUCUAAAAGUGUCUUCUGAUAAGAGUUGAAAAGCAAUUUGAAUAAUUUUAGCCAGCAAAACCAAAGUAAAUAUAAUAGAAUAAUAUAGAUCCAAAACUCCACAUUUUAGUAAAUAGAAUAUCACUGUCAAAGAUCUCCUAUAAUCAGUCCGUCGUAGAUAAUUUCCCAUCUUUUGCAACGAACAGAGAUUAAAUAUCUUAUAGGUAGUCUAACGAAGAAGAUUCUUAAUAAUUGCCUUCAAUAAAAGUUGCUAAACAACAUGUAAGAGUUGUGAAUCCAAAUAUUUCAUCUAAAGUAGAUAUCAUAAAAUCAAAUUAUCAAUCAUUUAUGAAAUCUAAAUCAAUGAGUUCUAGAUUAGAUAGAUUAUCAGACAAUCAAAUAUAAGGAUUUAUGUUGACAGAUUCUAUUAAUACUUAUCAUCCUUUACAUAGCGUUUAAAAUAAGGAUGAUUAAACUAAAAAUAAGAAAAGAGUUAAAACAUAAUCUAAAGUUGAAUCUGAUUUUUAGAAGUCAAUAUUAUGAUAUAUAUAUAUAAAUCAAAGUUAA